AUGUGGAAGCUCAAGAUUGCUGAGGGUGGCCCGUGGCUCACGAGCGGUAACAAUCACGUCGGAAGAGAAACAUGGGAGUUUGACCAAAAUGACACCGGAUCAAGCGAAGAGCGGGAUGCGGUCGACGCUUCACGGGCCGAAUUCCAGAAGAACAGGUUCAGGACAAGGCACAGCUCCGAUGUUUUGGCCCGCAUGCAGCUAGCAAAGGGGAAUAAGUUCAGCCUUGACCAACAACAGAAACCAAAAGAUGAUGAAACUAGUGGUGAUAUCAAUAUAGCUACGGUGUCGGAGACACUGAGAAGGGCACUCAGAUACUUCUCAGCCGUACAAGCGCAUGAUGGGCACUGGCCAGGAGAUUUUCCGGGGCCUCUCUUUACCACAGCAACCAUGAUCAUAGUUUUGUAUGUCACGGAGUCGUUAGGUACUACGCUAUCGUCAGAACACCGCAAGGAGAUCUGUCGCUAUCUGUACAACCGACAGAAUAUGGAUGGAGGAUGGGGACUACAUGCGGAAGGCGAGAGCUCCAUGCUCAGCUCAGCUCUCAACUACACUGCUCUAAGACUACUUGGUGAGGGUGCUGAUGAUGGACCGGAUAUGUCCAUGCCGAAAGCAAGGAAAUGGAUACAUGACCAUGGUGGUGCAACAAUGAUACCAAUCUUGGGAAAAGUCUGGCUCUCGGUACUUAGGGUUUUUGAAUGGUCAGGUGUAAACCCUAUGCCCCCAGAAUUGUUCCUUCUGCCAUCCUUCGUUCCUAUUCAACCAGGACGGUUGUGGAGUCACUUCAGAAUGGCUUUCAUCCCCAUGUCCUAUUUAUAUGGCAAGAAGUUUGUUGGCCCAAUAACAAAACUCGUUUUAUCAUUAAGGGAAGAGCUGCAUAUUCACCCCUACAAAAAGAUUAACUGGAAGCAAGCACGCAAAUUAUGCGCAAAGGAAGAUGCCUAUCAUCCACAUACCUGGCUCCAAGAAUGCUUGUCCGAUUGCCUUUACAGUUUCGGUGAACCUUUUCUGGCAUGUUGGCCAGUUUCCUACAUGAGACGAAAAGCUCUACGACAAAUUGCUGAUUUCCUGAAAUACGAAGAUGAUAUUUCACGGUAUAUCUGCAUCGGCGCCGCGCAAAAGGCAUUAUCCAUGUUAUGCUGUUGGUCUGAGAAUCCCAAUUCAGAUGCAUUCAAGCACCACUUGGCUAGAGUUGCUGAUUUCCUAUGGCUCGGCGAAGAUGGGAUGAAAGUGCGGGUGUGUGCAGGUCAAUCAUGGGAUGUCGCUUUCGCCGUACAAGCGAUAUUAGCGGGUGAUGUUGCAGAGGAAUUUGGAAGCACUCUCAAGAAAGCACACCAUUUCAUAAAAGCAUCCCAGAUUGUGGACAAUCCUUCAGGUGACUUCGCCAGAAAGUACCGUCACAUUUCUAAAGGAGGAUGGGCCUUCCAGGUUGCGGAUCAGGGCUGGCAAGUUUCAGAUUGCACAGCAGAAGCUCUUAAGGCUCUGUUACUGCUCUCAAAGUUUCCGUCAGAUAUCGUGGGUGAUCAGAUGGAAACAUGCCGCUUCCAUGAUGCAGUGAACAUAUUAUUAUCUUUACAGAAUCCUAAUGGUGGCUAUGGAACUUGGGAGCUAGCUCGUACACAUCCUUGGGUGGAGAAUUUAAACAUGACAGAGAUAUAUGCAGACAUCAUGGUGGAGCAUCAGUACGUCGAGUGUACCUCGUCGGUCAUCCAAGCAUUGGCCCUGUUUCGGCAAAAAUACCCCGUGCAUCGGGAAGAUGAAAUAGAACAGUGCAUCAGGAGAGCGACAGAAUUCAUCGAGAAGUCACAGAAUGAGGACGGUUCAUGGUUUGGAUCAUGGGGUGUUUGCUUCACAUAUGGCACAUGGUUUGCUAUAGGGGGCCUAUCAGCAGUUGGACAGUGUUACAAUAACAGCACCUACAUUCGGAAGGCUUGCCAGUUUCUAUUAUCGAAGCAGCUAAGGAAUGGUGGAUGGGGUGAGAGUCAUCUUUCAUCCACAACCAAGGCUUACACGAACCUAGAUGGGGAGAAAUCACACAUAGUCAACACCGCAUGGGCGAUGUUGGCGCUAAUGAAAGCUGGACAGGGCGAAAGAGAUGCAUCUCCUUUGCACAAAGCAGCAGGACUUAUCAUGAACAUGCAACUCGGCAAUGGUGACUUCCCUCAGGAGGAAAUGAUUGGAAGUUUCUUGAAGAAUGGCCCCUUAUGUUAUAUGGCUUAUCGCAACAUAUUCCCCAUAUGGGCCCUUGGAGAGUAUCAUAGAUUGGUACUUUGCUCCGACUAA